AUGUCAAGAAAGAUUAAAACGUUUGACAAUCAAAAUAGUCUGCCGAAACUUCCCGUUCCUAAGCUCGAAGAAUCAACUUCAAGGUACCUUCGCACACUCCUUCCUUUGCUUUCUGCACAAGAUGUCGCGCGUAACGAAGCCUACGUUAAGGACUUUUUGAAACCGGAUGGACUUGGAAAUGUACUUCAACAACGUUUAUUCGACGUUGACCGAAGCUCUCCUCAUAACUGGCUGGACGAUACUUUCUGGACCCAGAAGGCAUAUCAAGAAUGGAGGGUACCUUUGAUUGUAAAUUCUAACUGGUACCUCUUAUUUAUUGACGACAAGAAUACUCCUAAAGAAUAUUUAUCGAGGGAUAAUCAUGAUGGAGCUCGUCCGCGUGGAGAAUUUUCCGAGUUUCAAGUGAAAAGAGCUGCUCACUUAAUUUGGAAACUUUUAGAAUUCAAAGAAUUGCUCGAUAGCGAAAAUCUUCCACCCGAGACCACUCGUCUAUAUCCCUUGUGCAUGCAUCAAUACAGACGUUGCUAUGGUGUUACUCGUAUACCACAGCACGGAUGUGAUUCCUUUCCUUAUGCACCUCAUCCAUUUCCAGUAAAAACUGUAUUAAUAAUCGCCAAAGAUCAAUUUUAUCUUAUCGAGGCCUAUGAUCAAAAUGGUCAAAUUUUGAGCGAAGGUGAUAUUGGAAAGCAACUAAAUGAUAUAAUCAAAGACUUAAAUAACAAGGACACAAAAUUUGAUCCUCCCAUUGGGGUCCUUACAGCGGACGAUCGAGAUAAAUGGACAAUUGCACGUGAACACCUAUUGACAUUAUCACCACAAAAUCGGGAAACUUUGAAUAAAAUAGAAGAUUCAUUAUUUGCCAUUAGCCUGGACGAUUAUGCUACCGGCCUAGAUCUCGAUCUAUGGGCUCGAAAUGUCUUGCACGGCUUCAAUGGUCAUAAUCGGUGGUAUGAUAAAGCUAUAUCCAUUAUCAUAGAAAGCAAUGGACGUGCAGCGAUGAAUGGCGAACAUUCCCCAUGUGAUGCGCUUAUACCGUCCAAUAUAGGCGAUUAUAUUCUUAAAGAUUCUACGUUGCUGUCUGCAACCCUUUCCGGGCGUCCUAUUCCGCCGCCUGAACGUAUACGAUUUGUCACGAACGAACAAACGUUGCAUUUUAUUCGGGAAGCGGAAGAAAGGAUUAAGCUAAUCGUUGAGGAUUCGGACGCUGUGAUAUUACAUUAUUAUGAAUAUGGCGCUGAUUUUAUAAAGAAAACUGGCAAAUGUUCACCAGAUGCCUAUCUUCAAAUGGUUCUUCAGCUUGCUUAUUAUAAACUGCACAAAAAAGUUUGUGCCACAUAUGAGACCGCCUCAACUCGAAAAUUUAAGCAUGGGCGCACAGAAACUAUAAGAACACUUAGCGUGGAAUCCAAAGCUUUUGUAGAAGGGAUGGUGAACAAUAAUUUAUCGGCACACGAAAAAUACAAGCUUCUUCAGACAGCGACUAAAGUCCAUUCUGCUUAUACGAGAGACGCAUCAGAAGGUCGUGGUUGUGACCGUCAUCUGUUGGGUCUUCGACUUUUACUAAAACAGGGCGAGUCUCAUCAUUUGUUUAGUGAUCCGGCAUUUGCGAAAAGUCAAGAAUGGUUAUUAAGCACAAGCGGUUUAAGUGCAGGAGAUCGAUUUAAUGGUAGUGGAUUCGGAUGCGUAUAUCCGGAUGGUUAUGGUAUUAAUUAUCAGCCGGGUAGCUACGUAUUAAAGUUCGGAAUAGAGUCAAAAAAAUCUUCGACUCAAACUGAUUCAAACUUAUUUAGGGAAAGUGUGAAAAAUGCAUUAAAUGACAUAAAAGCCAUUUGCGAAAAAGUUAACGGGAAAUAUGUAAAGCAGGAAAAGUUAUGA